GAUGAGUGUUGUCCCAUCUACAGUACACCCAUUUGUCAAAUGGGGGCAGAACGAGACUCAUGUGUUCAUCUCUGUGCAGCUGAGCGACUCAGAGAACGUUCAAGUUACCAUAGGGGACGAGACACUAAAUUUCUCUGCUAUUGGUAACGGAUCUCACGGUCGUGUUCCUUACUCCUUCGUGCUCGACUACUAUCUUCCUGUCGUGUCUAAACAAAGCCGCUACACGAUUACUGGUCGAGCGGUAAUAUUCAAAUUACGCAAAGAAUUUAAAGAAACAUGGCCACGUCUCAACUGCCAACCGGAGCGUCUACCGUGGACGCGGCUGGAUUUCGACUUGUAUCAAUUUGACGCUUCAGACUUGGAAGGUAGCGAACCAGAAACGGGAAACGUUGACUUGAAGGUGAUUCAGCCUUCAAAGGAAGAACGGGAGCUUCAUAAUGCUGAGAUGAAAAAAUUGGAAUAUGAGGAGAAAUGGGAGGCCUUCUUAAAAAUUCUCAAGCACCCUUUGACUAUUUAUUUGUCGCUUUUCAAUCUUUUACAAUUCGCUGGCUUUCUGUACGUGUUUGGCAAGCUGACCUUGAGCUCAUUGCAGCUCGAUGGUUCCAACGAGACCGCGGAGUGGUACAACGAGGCUGUUCUACGGUUGAUCGUCGCACAGUUGUUGGCGUUUCUGGAACCGAUACAUAUUACUCUAGGUUGGGUCCCUGGAUCUGUGCUCGCCUCUGCACUCCAGGUCUACGGAAGAUCGCUUAUCUUAUUUUUCAUCGUGAUACCUCAUGAUCAUUUGCACGCUACCGAUACAGUGUUUUGGCUCUUCUUCGCUUGGUCAGCCAUCGAGUUGGUUCGAUAUCCCUAUUAUAUUUGCUCUUUAUUCGGCUUUCGAAGCGGCCUGCUGACCUAUUUGAGGCACACGCUUUGGAUUCCACUCUAUCCCAUUGGAUUUGUCUGUGAAGGUAAACUGAUCUUGCGCGCUCUUCCAAACCUCGUGCUGUCACGGCGAUUUAGUUAUCCAAUGCCAAACGCCGCUAACAUGAGCUUCGACUUCCCUGUCUUCCUGCACAUUCAUCUCAUCGGAAUGCUUGGUGGAUUUUACUAUCUUAUGCGCUACAUGUAUGCUCGGAGAAAGCGUGUGAUUGGCCCACGUCCAAGGGUUGGUGCAGACCAAAUGGGAUUCUUUUCCUACAUUCCAAUUCUCCGAUCCAUGCUGGGUGCCAACCGUCCAUCGGCCAUUGUGGGUCCUCCGGGGGAGCUACGGAAACGUGGCCAGUUGGAAUCCAAGUCUCGACUGUCCAAACUUGCUUAGGGUUCUAACGCUUGCAUACACCUCGUUUUCGCGAUUCGCCUUCUAUCAUAUCGCCUCUUCGCUACGUUCCAUGCUCCUCAUCUGAUGUUAAUUUUUACAUGACGUAUUUAAGGUUUUAUACCCUGCACACUCCCCCGUCUUUCUCGCACUACAUAUCCAAUGUUUCUCCUACAUGACUGGUAUUUUUAGUUCUCUUUUCUUCUCUAACAGUCAACGUGUCUCGCUUCUUGUCCCGGUGCUGCUUAGGUUCCAUACUUUCCUUCGGUCUAACCCCUUCGUUUCGGAGUGCAAUUUAACCACGAACUUUUUUCGGAUGUUGUGACCUCUGCAUCAACGCUCCCCAUCCUUAAAUAAUUGCCCCAAGUGGUUGCAGUCUUGUUUGGCCCGUCGAAACACAUCCUGCAGCCUAUUUGUUCCAGUGAGAUUGCUUCUCUGCAGCCGGUAUUUUAGCACGCCUAUCAGAUUUUGCGCCAUCAUAUGUCUCAUAGGAUGUGACUACACUCCGUGUACUCAUUUUGUCCUGUAUGCACUACUUAUAAUCGGCUCUCCCAUUGUAUAUUCCUGUAUGUCCGGAAUCUCGUGCAGAUUUCGAGUGUCUGGAUUUCUUUUAUCUAAUCACUCUUCAUGUCGGUUUUAAAUUCUUCUCUCCACACUUUUUUCUGUUCGUGAUGGUCUACAUUUUAUCUCUCUGAGGUUUGGACGCCUUUUGCGAUGUCUU